AUGCGACCGCAGCUAUAUUGUUUUGCUGAAAAUAUUGACAGAGAGGCUACUCACGUGUCUGGAUUUGGAGCCAGAUCUGCUUUGAGUAAGCGAGCUCUUCAGGCGGCAGUAAUUGCACACGUCGUGUCUCUGUUUGCUUGCUCCACAGCAAGUGGCAGCUUCGGUCCCUACAGUGCAAAGAGUUCUGCACCUUGCCUUGCAGCUCCUACUAAUAUUCCGAAUGUGGUUCGCUAUUUUGUACAAUCUUCAUCGCAAACAAGAUUUACAUAA